AAGAUAGGAGUCUGUAACGUAUGAUAAAGUAACGUUCACUGUUGGGCUCUUGUUUUUAAAGGGACAUGGCAAUCCGUGCGGGGCUCAUCCUGGAAGGGAGCCACUUGAGUCACUGCGAUGCCUAAGGAUCAGGUGUGACGUUCCUCCGAGUCCUUCAUGGUGUCCUCCUCCAUCUUCUCCACACCACUGCGCCACACAGCUCCUGAAACAUGGGGGAAAACGAGGACGAGAAGCAGAGCCAGGCCGGGCAGAUUUUUGAGAACUUUGUCCAGGCUUCCACAUGCAAAGGCACCCUCCAGGCCUUCAACAUCCUCACGCGACACCUGGACCUAGACCCCCUGGACCACAGGAACUUUUAUUCCAAGCUCAAGUCCAAAGUGACCUCCUGGAAGGCCAAGGCGCUGUGGCACAAACUGGACAAGCGUGGAUCCCACAAGGAGUAUAAGCGAGGGAAGUCAUGCGUGAACACCAAGUGUCUCAUCGUUGGGGGAGGACCAUGUGGUUUGCGCACGGCCAUUGAACUUGCCUACCUGGGGGCCAAAGUGGUCGUGGUGGAGAAGAGGGACACCUUCUCCCGGAACAACGUACUGCACCUCUGGCCUUUCACCAUCCAUGACCUGCGGGGCCUGGGAGCCAAGAAGUUCUAUGGGAAGUUCUGUGCUGGCUCCAUCGACCACAUCAGUAUUCGUCAGUUACAGCUCAUCCUAUUCAAGGUGGCCCUGAUCUUGGGAGUUGAAAUCCAUGUGAAUGUGGAGUUUGUGAAGGUUCUGGAGCCUCCCGAAGAUCAAGAAAACCAUAAAAUUGGCUGGCGGGCAGAAUUUCUCCCUGCCGACCACUCCCUGUCGGAGUUCGAGUUCGAUGUCAUCAUCGGUGCCGAUGGCCGCAGGAACACACUGGAAGGCUUCAGGAGAAAAGAGUUCCGUGGGAAGUUGGCUAUCGCAAUCACCGCCAACUUCAUAAACAGAAACAGCACCGCCGAGGCCAAGGUGGAGGAGAUCAGUGGCGUGGCCUUCAUCUUCAAUCAGAAGUUCUUCCAGGACCUUAAGGAAGAAACAGGGAUCGAUCUGGAGAACAUUGUUUACUACAAGGACUGCACCCACUAUUUUGUCAUGACCGCCAAGAAGCAGAGCCUGCUCGACAAAGGGGUCAUCAUCAACGACUACAUCGACACGGAGAUGCUGCUGUGCGCAGAGAACGUGAACCAGGACCACCUGCUCUCCUACGCCCGCGAGGCUGCGGACUUCGCCACCAACUACCAGCUGCCGUCCUUGGACUUCGCCAUGAACCACUAUGAGCAGCCCGAUGUGGCGAUGUUCGACUUCACCUGCAUGUACGCCUCGGAGAACGCGGCCCUGGUGCGCGAGCGGCAGUCCCACCAGCUGCUCGUGGCCCUGGUGGGCGACAGCUUGCUUGAGCCCUUUUGGCCCAUGGGCACAGGCUGUGCCCGCGGCUUCCUGGCGGCCUUUGACACGGCCUGGAUGGUGAAGAGCUGGGACCAGGGCGCUCCUCCGCUGGAGCUGCUGGCUGAGAGAGAAAGUCUUUACCGGCUGUUACCUCAAACGACCCCAGAGAACAUCAACAAGAACUUUGAGCAGUACACGCUGGACCCGGGCACACGGUACCCAAACCUCAACUCCCACUGUGUGCGGCCCCAUCAGGUGAAGCAUUUGUACAUCACUAAGGAGCUGCACCACUCCCCCCUCAAGAGGCUGGGCUCCAUGAGGAGAUCCGUGGGCCUCUCCAGGCGGGAGUCAGACAUCCGGCCCAGCAAGCUCUUAACCUGGUGCCAGCAGCAGACCGAGGGCUACCAGCACGUCAACGUCACCGACCUGACCACGUCCUGGCGGAGUGGCCUGGCCCUGUGUGCCAUCAUCCACCGCUUCCGGCCUGAGCUGAUCAACUUUGACUCUCUGAAUGAAGAUGACGCCGUGGAGAACAACCAGCUGGCGUUUGACGUGGCCGAGCGAGAGUUUGGCAUCCCCCCAGUGACCACGGGCAAAGAGAUGGCGUCAGCGCAGGAGCCCGACAAGCUCAGCAUGGUCAUGUACCUGUCCAAGUUCUAUGAGCUCUUCCGGGGCACCCCGCUGAGGCCUGUGGACUCUUGGGGCAAAAACUACGGAGAAAAUGAUGACUUGGGCGUGGCCAAAUCAUCCCUUCCUCACAACUAUCUCAACCUCACGUUUCCCAGGAAGAGGACUCCACGAGUGGACAACCAAACGGAGGAGAAUAACGACAUGAACAAACGGAGGCGGAGAGGCUUCAAUAGCCUGCACGAGCGGCCAGCCUUUUCCAGCCGGAGUUUGGGCUCCAGUCAAGAGGGCGGCGUCAGUAAAGAAGGUGGAAAUCAGAACAAAGUCAAGUCCAUGGCAAGUCAGCUGCUGGCCAAGUUCGAGGAGAGCUCUCGGAACCCUUCGCUCCUGAAGCAGCUCCCCUCCGCGGUUGUGACGGGGCAUGUGCUCCGAGAGAUAAACCAAGUGUCGGCCAGUGGAGAGUGCCCGAGUCGGCCCCGCAGAGCCCGAGCCCAGUCUGACCUGCAGCUGGGGGGGCGCGGAGAAAGCCCUGCCUGCCAGGGGGCGCUGGCCCUGUCGGGGGUGCUGCGGCGGCUGCAGCUCGUGGAGGAGAAGAUUCUCCAGAAGAGGGCUCAGAACUUGGCCAACAGGGAAUUUCACCAAAAGAACAUUAAGGAGAAGGCGGCUCACCUGGCCUCCAUGUUUGGCCAUGGGGACUUCCCGCAGAAUAAACUACUCUCUAAAGGCCUGUCUCCUACUCAGCCUUCAUCUUCUCCCUCCUGCCUUCCAUCUCCUGAUCCAGCUGCCGCUUCCUCUCCAUCGGCUGUUGACUCUGUUUCUCCUGCCAGAAAGCUGACGGUAGGGACAGUGUCCAGCGGAAUAGGGGCUGCAGCCGAAGUCCUGGUCAAUCUGUACAUGAAUGAUCACAGACCUAAGGCCCAGGCCACCUCUCCAGACCUGGAAACGACACGGAAGGCCUUUCCCCUGAACCUGGGCGGCAGCGACACCUGUUACUUCUGCAAGAAGCGCGUGUAUGUGAUGGAGCGGCUGAGCGCCGAGGGCCACUUCUUCCACAGAGAGUGUUUCCGCUGCAGCGUCUGCGCCACCACCCUGCGCCUGGCCGCCUACGCCUUCGACGGCGACGAAGGCAAGUUUUUCUGCAAGCCUCACUUCAUUCACUGUAAAGCCAGUAGUCAGCAGCGGAAGAGACGGGCAGAUCUGAAGCAACAAAGAGAGGAGGAGGGAAUGUGGCCGGAGCACGAAGCCCCUCGGCAAGAACCUCCCACGGAAAGCUCUUGUGCAGUCGCUGCCCUGGGCCCCCCAACAGGCAGCCCCCCAGGUAUCACCACUUCCUCCUUUAGGAAGGCGCUAAACUGGCCUCUCAGGCUUCCCGGGAGCCUGCUUAACUGGAUUCGGGGACUCCUGCGCGCCCUCGGCCAGCAUUUCAGGGACAAUGCUUACAACUACUGCUUCACCUAUGAGCUCCUGAGCCUCGGGCUGCCCCUCCUGUGGGUGUUCUCCGAGGUCCUGGCUUCCAUGUACCGGGAGUCCGAGGAGUCCCUGGAGAGCAUCCGCGACUGGGUGCUCGGGCACUUCCCCAGCAAGCUCUCCUGACAGGCGCUGCCCCAAGGGCCUCCCCGGUUCCAGGGUAGAUGGCCACGUGUUUGCAAAAGCCAAAGAGCUGGCCGCCUGCGCCAGCCUUGUCAGGGUGCUGGGGCCAGCGCGACAUGAAGGAUGUUUUUUAUAGAUCUGCAUUUCUUUUAUACCAAAGCGAGCUGUAUUUUAGGUUUACAUUUCAAUAUUUACCUUUUAAUAAUCCAAGAACAAGCAUUUUUUUUUUUUUUUUUACAAUGUGUGUUGAGAUUUCGAAACACGGGUUUGAAGUUUAUAACUGGUAUGACAAACCCCUUCCACACCGUCAGUUGUAGUCAGAGUCACUGCCUGCCACAUGAAAGAUUUGGGCUUUUAUGUCAACAAAAGUGAGUGUGCCAUCUCCUGACCAGUGCCUCUCGUCAAGGAGGAAGAAGGGGGAGGGCAAUUUUUUGCAACAUGGAAGCAUACUCAUUUUAGAAGAAAAGAGUAGGAGAACAGAGUAGAAUUAGGCAUACAAAGUGCAUGGCAGUGUGUAGUCUCAGUCCCUCUGAGACUGUGUUGCUCCCUUGUUUUGAUGUAAAAUGGUAGCUUUAAGUUUCCCCCACCUCCCAUCCCAAACUACAGCCAAGUGAGAGAGAACCAUGGGGUUUAGCGCAAAUUGCUACAAAAAAGCAUUUUCCCCUCCCACUGCCGAGCACUGCGGCGAAGCCCAUUGGCACCUGACCCCGAAGAGCCCCACGAGCCCCCACGAGCCCACGCCGCUGCUGAAGGGGCUAUGUCAGCAGGCGGCCUGGACCGGGAGCCCCCCGCCCCCGACCCCCGGAGCUCCCUAUCAGGUCCCCAGCCCAGGCUGCUGUCUGAGCCAAGGCCUCUCAGGGUCCUUCGUGGUCAGGCUGAGGGAGAAUCUGCCCUCUCCUGUCAUGUCCUUUGAGACUGAGGGCAUCUGGUAGUACCUCAGGGCAAUAUUUCUGGGCAGCGUGGCCUACCUAGUGAGCACUGCUUGCAGACAUGCUGGCAGCUUAACCACCCGAGCUGGCAACCCGGCCUUGUGCAUAUUUGGUCAAAGCAAUCCGAAACCAUUGAUUCUUCACGCUGUCCUAGGAAAGGAACGCAUAAGACCUCCAGAGGGAAGGUCCCUGUGUCUUGACUGGCAGGGAAGGCUGGGAGUGGAAGCUGUUCGUUGACUGAUGCAAAGAAAUAUGUCCUAUUAGGGGCAAAACCUACCUGCAUUCUUCCCUCUGGGCAUCCGGAGGAGGCCUAAGCUGCCCCCACCCCACUCUGCCUGGACAUGCACAGCUGCUGGGUCUGGUGGAACAAUGGAGAGGCUGACAGAAAAAGGCCUCGGCCCUGCUCAGUGUAGCUAGAGUUGCUGAGCCGGACACACCUCCACGCACUUGUCACCUUGGAGAUCUCCUCUACGUGGGGAUGGAGCCUGGUGAGGGUUUGGAGCCGGAGCUCCUGAGCACGUGGAGAUGGCACUUUUCUGCAGGGUGAGGAGGGGGAAGGCAUUCCUACAAACACUUCCCUGAAGUCCUUGGGUAAAACAGGGGAUGGCUGUGGCCACACCCGUGGGGACCGACACCUCAGUCCUUGUUGGGCCUGUUCUCAGUCCGGUGACUUGCAUUGUGUUUUCCCCAAAUUGUGCUGGGAUUGUACUGUUCAGCAUGGCGGGAGGAGCCCUCGAGUCAUUGUAUGUUUGAUUCCAGAAAGUAGGCUGUCCAGGCUCAGCUGUGUCACUGUCCCCGUCAGCACAGGGCAGGCUGAGGAGCUCUGUGUGGGCUCCAGGGGCCAGUUAGCAUCUCUGAGAAGGUCACGAAUGGCCCUAAAGGGACGGGUUUGAACUCCUCUGGUGAGACAGGGUGUGCCUGUCAGAAGCCUGAGAUGUUUGUAUGCUCUGCGACUUUGAACCUUCCUGGUGGGCAGCACCAAACACACAGUGGAUCCCAGGCGGAGGGGGUGGGGGGACCGCUAAAUCUCCACAAUGGGUUCAAGAGCGACUAUGAGACACUGGAGUAAAACGGGGGCCCAGAGGGCAUCGGGGCCGGGGAUGCAGAUGCAAACCACACGUGCCCACUGCGGCCGCGAAGGGGCAGCUCACCACCAGGAAGGUUCCCCUGUCCGGAGCGAGCCGCGACGCGUGUGGGGACGUGUCCCCGUGUUAAAUGAUGGCCUUGUUUUCAAUUCCCACUUGUUGUCUUCUCUUGCUGUCGGUCGUUUUCCUCUUCCCCCCAAAACUAAAUUCUCGUUUCUGUCUCUCUCUUUCCCACCUUGCACUUGGCCGUCAGUUCCUUUCAGCCUUCCAGUGCUGCACCCACUUCUUGGCUGACCCACUUCUCCUCUGAGGUGACUGGUUUCCUUGCGGAUUUUCCGAGAGUGGGACUGACUAACCCCUACGCCGCUUUCCGCACCCGUCCUCCCGCCGCGGUCCUGGUAGUGCUCACUGCAAGUGUCUUGCGUACUAACGACGCCUCGGGUGGCAUGGCGGACCAACGGCGUGGGGUGGUGUUCAGCGCCAAAGCUGGAUCCCAUCCCACUGACCGGGGAGCUGGCCGCCCGGCCCCUCCAGGUGCAUGCCCGCCUGCCGCCAUCCCUCUGUGGCUUGCGCGCAUGCUUUGCCGGUUGCACUGACAAAGCCGGGCCGCUUACCUUCCUGGGAGGGUUAGCUCUGACUGGGAGACAGGGCCGUAGGGGGGCUCUGUCACCUGUGAAAAGAACACCUCCGUCUAGGAGCCUCUGAAAAAGCUUGUACAGAAACUGGUUCUAAUAUGAAGAUCAUGGAUGCCAUUGAUCAAAACCAGAGGCGAUUCUUUCUGGAGGGAUGAGAGCAGUACUCCCAGCUUCCUCACCUCCUCCAUCCAGGCUCUGCACUGGGACCACACAUCACAGUUUUCCUAGCACGCCCCUUUCCGGCUGUAGCCUACCCCACAGAUGUUAAGUUUUGCCGUGGCUCUCCUUACCUCCCGUGGCUCACAAAGCCGCAGAGGAGGCGGAAGCUGCCCCGAGAGCCAUCAUGUCGCAGGCCAGGGAUGGCCUUGAGAAAGGACUCAGUCCAGCCCAGGCCUGCAGCGGCCAGGUUCAGUGCCCCCCAGGCCUGCUCAAAGCUGCUCUCUCUGCUGACUCGUUACCUGGAGCAGCAGGCAAAGUGCCAGGAACCGUAGGCCAGGCCUCAGGUCUCAGGCUGCAUGCGGCGUCUGUCCUGCACGCAGCCCAGACACGCUGACCCCGGGCCUGGCUGCCCUGCCCUGCAUGCUGCAUUCCUCACUGCACCCGUGCAGAUCCCAGCCAGUGCGAAGUCAUUGCUUUCUCUUAUCUUCUCUUGCAGAGUCUCCCUCCCUUUAUAGAAUGUCAACCAAAGACUGCCCUCCCCUCCCCUCCCAGUCCCCUCGUCAGCUAGCCUUCCCCCUCCCCCCAGCGCAUGUUUGUGACCCUCCGUGGUCAUUUCCAGUGCCACACCGAACCCUGUAUUUUGCACACAGCGAACAAUGUUUAGCUUUAUUUAUGGUAUAUGAUGCUGUAAAUGAAAAUAAAUAUGGUUCUUUA